CUUUGGCGCGGUGAGUGACGGCUGGCUGGCUGGCUGGCUCAAAGCAGGCGAGGUACGUUAUGGUACGAACGAAGCGAUGAGGGAAACUAUAGAGUCCUAUGAAUCUAACUCUAAAGUUUUCGAAGUUACCCACUGAAAAUAGGGAAACACUAAAAAUUUUCUUUUAUUCAAGAUAAUUGAUGUGAUUCGCGAAAAAAGCGCGACAAGACUCGAUCGACAGCCAAGAUGGAUCACACUAUAUGUCUCGCCCUCCGUGUGUGCAGAUAGCUGACACUUAAAAAAAAAAAAAAAAAAAAAAAAAAAAAAACAAAAAAAAAAAAACAAAAAAAAAAAAAAAAAAAAAAAAAAGUUAAUUAACGAGCAAUGUCUUAAGUGUGGAAAGCAAAACUUAUAAUCGAGACAGUUCUCUGUCACUGUCAACUCUUCGAGUGACAGACAGCUCAUGCGCGAAGACCUCGCUUCUCCCCUCCCGAAGGGCGACCGGUGAAAUAUAUCAUGCUGGUGGGGGACCCUCUGAAAUGCCUCCUGACAGUGACUUCCUUCGUCUGCCUGCUGGCGACCACCCUCCUUCUUCAGGGAGUAAGGCCCUGCGUGACCUCCUCCGCGUCUCCCUCCCGUCUUGACACCAAUGAGUACCGUAGACACUCAAUAUACGACAAAGGUAAUAAGGACAAUAUGAGAAGAGCGAGCGAAACCGUCAGAACCAGACGCUUAGCCGAGAGCAAAGAUCUCUCUCAAGUGAACCGGACGCGCCCUGCCAAAAAAGUCGUGGUGGUGGAGGGAGACAUCCUCUUGGGCGGGCUGAUGAUGGUUCACGAGAGGGGCAACGAGGAGGUGUGUGGUCCCAUAAUGCCCCAAGGGGGAGUCCAGGCACUGGAGGCAAUGCUCUACACCCUGGACUUCAUCAACGACCAGGUGGACUUCAUUCCAGGGGUCAGGAUUGGAGCUCAUAUCCUGGACGACUGUGACAAGGAUACUUACGGGCUGGAACAGGCCGUGGAUUUUAUUAAAGGAUCCAUCAGCAACAUCGACGACGGCGAAUAUAAGUGUCGAGACGGGUCAUCGCCCGAGGUCAGGAAUAAGGUCAUAUCAGGGGUCGUCGGAGCAGCUUCAUCCGUGACCUCUAUCCAGGUCGCUAAUCUCCUCAGGCUUUUCAGGAUACCACAGGUGAGCUUCUUCUCAACGUCUCCGGAACUGAGCAAUAAACAGAGGUUCGAAUACUUCUCUCGAACCAUCCCCUCAGACCACUACCAAGUCAAAGCCAUGGUCGAGAUCGUCAAAUUGCUCAACUGGUCGUACAUUUCCAUCAUCUACGAGGAAUCGAACUACGGCAUCAAGGCUUUCGAGGAGCUGGAGGGCCUCUUGGCAACGAACAGCAUCUGUAUUGCCGUAAAGGAGAAGUUGGUUAAGGACUCCGGAGUUGCUGAGGAAGUGGCUUACGACCUCAUCGUCAAGAAACUCAUGCAGAAGCAGAGAGCCAGAGGAGUCAUCAUCUUCGGCUCAGAUCAGGAGGUGGCUGGAGUAAUGAGAGCCGUGAGAAGGAACAAUGCCACAGGCAGCUUUUCCUGGAUAGGAUCCGACGGGUGGUCUGCAAGAUCACUUGUGUCCUCAGGAAACGAACCGGAAGUUGAAGGAACCCUGUCUGUCCAGCCUCAGGCUCAUCCUGUCUAUGGGUUUGACAGUUACUUCAAAGGGCUGACAGUUGCAUCCAACAAAAGAAAUCCUUGGUUUAUUGAGUACUGGGAGGACCACUUCAAGUGUAAGCACCCAGAGAGCCCUCUGACGAAUUACAACCGGAACUACUCGAGGGUUUGCACCGGAAGAGAGAAACUGACGGAUGAAAAUACGGAGUUCGAAGCUCAGCUCCAAUUCGUUUCGGACGCCGUUAUGGCUUUCGGAUACGCGUUCAGAAAUAUGCACCACCGGCUCUGUGGGGAAGAGCCAGGGCUGUGUCAGAGAAUGUCUCCAAUUAAUGGGGAGGAACUUCUACGUUACCUGAGGAAUGUCACUUUUAUGGGUUUGAGCGGAGAUAAAUUCAAAUUCGACCACCAAGGGGAUGGCCCGGCAAGGUACAACAUCAUUCACUUCAAACAGACGACGCCUGGCCAAUACGCCUGGGAGACUGUAGGCCAAUAUAUCGAAGGGGAACUCCGGCUGAAUAUGGAAGUUCUGCAGUUCAAAUUGGACGAUCCAUCACCCCCUUCGAGUGUCUGCUCACUGCCCUGCCUGACUGGCCAGGCCAAGAAGUAUGUGGAGGGAGAGUCAUGCUGUUGGCACUGUUUCAACUGCACCACUUAUCAGAUCGUUAACCCCAAUGAUGAAACGCAGUGCUUAUCCUGUUCCAUGGGAACCUUGCCAUCGAAGGACCAGCUUACUUGCGUUCCAAUUCCAGAGGUGUACAUCCGCCCAGACUCUCUGUGGGCGAUAGGAGCCAUGCUGUUCUCCUCUCUCGGGCUAGUCAUGACGGGCGUGGUCAUGUGGGCGUUCGUCAGCUACAACGACACGCCCGUGGUGAGAGCCUCCGGAAGGGAGCUUUCUUACGUAUUACUGUCGGGCGUCUUCCUCUGUUACGCCAUGACUUUCGUUUUUAUACUGAAGCCGACAGACGUCGUCUGCGGAAUCCAGAGGUUCGGCCUUGGCUUCUGCUUUGCCGUGGUCUACAGCGCACUGCUGACGAAGACGAACCGAAUCUCGAGGAUAUUCAACGCUGGGAAACGGACGGCCAAGAGACCUUCCUUCAUCUCGCCGAGAUCGCAGCUGUGCAUCUGCUUCUUCACGGUCUCGAUUCAGGUAAUCGUGACUGCACUGUGGUGCCUGGUGAGUCCCCCGAGGGCCAUCCACCACUACCUGGUGAGGGAGGACAACUUCCUCGUCUGCGCUGCCUCCAUCAACGCCUCCUACAUGAUAGCCUUCGCCUAUCCGAUAGGAUUGAUCGUGGUGUGUACAGUUUACGCAGUACUGACGAGGAAGAUCCCGGAGGGUUUCAACGAGAGUAAAUACAUAGGCUUCACCAUGUAUACUACUUGUAUCAUUUGGCUCGCCUUUGUACCGAUCUAUUUCUCCACAGCGAACAACGUGGAGCUCCGUAUCACGACGACGUCGGUGACGAUCUCGCUGUCUGCGACGGUGGCCCUGGUGUGUCUCUUCGGGCCGAAGCUGUACAUCAUCUAUGUUCACCACCCGGAGCGGAACGUGAGGCAGUCCAUGAUGCCCACCGCCACCAAAUAUGCAGCAGUCAAGAACAGCAAUUUGUCGUCUUCCUCGCAGAGGAUAGAUUCCGGCACCCAGAGCGAAGUUAUCUUCCCCGUAGAUUACGAGCUCCACGAGAAGAUCAGAACGAUGGGUUGCGCGUCGAGGAACCAACUGAACAGCGCCACUCAGACCUGUCCGGCGUCUUCUUGUAGCCUUCCAGAGCAUCACUGCGGCCCCGUUCAGCUGGUCACGCCCAGGCCUCCUGCGAACUCUUCGACGAACGGACCAAUUCAAGACGUCCCCGACGUGCAUCUUUAGGAACGACCAAGUUAUAGUUACUGAUAAGUGAUUAAAAGGCAAAAAGGUGAAUUUCUUAAGGAACUUUUGAGAAGAGACGGGUAAGGACGCGUUUCUUAGGAGAUGCCUAGUGACGGAAAACGGAAAAUAAAGAAUUAAUUGAAGCAGGGUAGAGCGCUGCAUUCUAUAUCGACAUUAGCCAAUCAAUUUAUUUCCCAACGACUUAUCAAGCCAGUGAUUGUAUCUGUAUGACUGUAUUUUUAUGAGUGAUUGUUGGAUGUAAGUAGAUACAGCUAAACUGAAUUUUUGACAAAGAAAAGCUAAAGAUAUUUUUCUUCUUGGUUCUUCAUUUUAUUUGCAUUAGUAUUAUGAUAAUUGAACAUAUUAUUAAGAGAUAAAUAGAAAAAAUUAUUAAAUAAAUGCUGAGUUUCCAUACAGACGGUAACAGAACUGAAUUUUAAGGUUUAAUCUGAAUAAACAUAAUUACUUUUAUAUGAUGUGAUACUAAAACGAAUAAAAACUUCCUCAUAAUAAUAAUAAAUAAUAAUAAUAAUAAUAAUAAUAAUAAUAAUAAUAAUAAUAAUAAUAAUAAUAAUUCAAGAUAUCCUCGCUAACUGGCAUUUACAUGGAAAAUUUGAAAAAAAAAACACAAAAUUUCAAAUAGAUCUUUUCCGAAAAGAUUGAAAAUUUUAAUUAACUAUAAUAAGUUUCCCAGAAUUAAAGGCUAAGUAUGAGACGUCUCCAGUUAUAACUAUGGUGUAUAUUGCUCUUUUUUGGCAAAGUGUCAAAUAUACGUUUUAUAUUUUUUUUCUUUUUUUCUUUUUUUUUGCAUCGACGGUGAUUUUAUCACUGAUUUCUUGUUCCAGCUAAAUAUCAAGUCAAUUUCUCUCACCAUAGAUCCUGGAUAGUGAGGGAAACAGGCUUUCUCACCAUAAAUCCUGGAUGGAGAAGAAAGAGACUAUCUCACCAUACAUUCUGGAUGGUGAGAGACGGACUCUCCAUACUUUCUGGAUAUCGAGCGAGACAGACUCUCACCAUACAUUCUGGCUAGUGAGAGAAACAGACUUUUUUACCAUAUAUCCUGGAUGGUGAGAGGGACAGACGGUACUUUUGCCGAAGCAGGAAGUCAAUGAUAAAAUCACCGUCGAUGCACGACCUCAAAAAAUUAUAAACAAAAUUAAUACUCGACACUUUUCCCCAAAAAUGGGACGGUAUUUUAAAAAAAAAUCUCAUGGUUACUGAAAACUAUGAAUUCAUAACAACUACCAUUGUAAAUGAGAUUAUGAAGUACAUUUUGAAUCAUAUUCUAAAUAGGACAUGAUAUAUUUGAAAUGUUGAUAUAGCGUAUUUCGCAAAUUAAACGGCUCGAAACUAAAAAUUAUUAUUCAAUAAUAAUUCCCUUUAAAGAUGAGACAAAAAAGUACAUGUUAAAUCAUAUUCUAUAUACAUGAUAUAUUUGAAAUCAAGAUAUAUAUUUCCCCGUCCAAUAAAACCACUAAAAUGAGGCCAAUCGGUAAUAUCUCCCACCAAUUAAAAGGGACUUACAAAAACUUCAGCAGCUUUCAAAUGAAAGAAACUGCUUUUCACCUUACGCUAAUGAGUGAUGUAAAACAAAUUUUUCUGAUUUUAGGAGUAUCACCUUUACCAUAAAUAGCCAUUGCUUUGUUUAAUGAUUAUAGAUCAGUCUCGAAUUUUAAAAGCUUAAAAAAAACGCAUAUUGGAGAACACAUAUUUUAAAGACGACUUACAAUUUCGAAACUGGGUCCUCAAAAAUCCAAUCGAAGAUGCAAUGCAUUACUAUCCUUAGUAAAUCCAGUCUCAUUCACUUUAUUAUUGACUUACAUUUUCAUCUAUUUAACUGUUAAACUACAAUUUUUUUUCUUGUCUAAUAAAUCAUCUCUUCUUUCUGUAUUUCCUAUCACCUACUGUUGCUUCUUUCAUAUGGGCUCCAUAAUAUUCUUUGGAAGCUUGAAUUUCAAGUCAAUGGCCCAUAGGGGCCAUUGACUUGAAAUUCAAGCUUGUUCCAUUUGAAUAGGGUUCAUCUUCUGAAUAAUAAUAAUAAUAAUAUCUGUGUAUGCUGGAAACAGACCUUCUUUCAAAUAGUUUUUGUUAAAAAUAAUGACAGCAUUCACAGAAUUGAUUUUGAGAAUUGAAUGAAUUUUGUA